AUGGCGUGUAACAAGACGUUUUUGCUGCUGUUGUUGGUUUGCGUCGUAACUGUGGGGCGCUGCUCCGCCCAAGAGCCGGCCAGAGAGGCGGUGCAGAAAGGCAAGGACAAAGCUGCGGACACGUACGGAGACACCAAGUGGUCGCUGGGCGAGGCUUUUGAUAAGGCGAAGGGGUCGAUCUCGGAUGAGGAUAAGAGGAGGUUCGAGGAGGCACAGGAGAAGGCUAAGGGAAAUUUGUCGCCCCAGGAUAGGCAGAAGAUGGAGGAGGCGAAGGAGAAGGCAAAGGGGUCAGUGACGGAGGAGGAUAAGAGGAAGUUCAAUGAGGCAAAGGAGAAGGCGAAGGGGUCGGUGACAGAGCAGGAUAAGAGGAAGUUCGAGGAGGCGAAGGAGAGGGCGAAGGGGUCGGUGACGGAGCAAGACAAGAGGAAGUUCGAGGAGGCGCAGGAGAAGGCGAAGGGGUCGAUGACGGAGCAGGAUAAGAGGAAGUUCGAGGAGGCGAAGGAGAGGGCUUCGCAGGGGAUGAAAGGAAGCGGUGCAUCUAUGUAA